UUACGUACGCGGCGGCGCUGUUGCGUACGUCGUCGUACCAGUCGUACCACCACCAACAUUGUGGCGGCGGCAGCGGUUGUUGUUGUUGUUGUGUGCCGCUUGGUCAAGCUUGGUGGAUUAUUGCUUUACACAAUGUUUACUUGGUCACAAAAGAUGAUUAGGUGCGAUAUUUAAUUUAAUAUGAAAAUAAAAUAGAUAACAUAAUCACCAUCGAGAAUAGUGUUUUUACAAAAAUAGUGAUGAGUAAGGCGCAUGCUUCUUAUGGAAGAUAGCUAAUACGGAAAAGAAGGAAGAAGCGCAUAUGAGAAGAGGUUAGUUAUUGGAGGUUGGAGGCUGGCGGUGGUACGCACGUGACUGUAUCUAAAGAGAAGAAAAAUAAAGCGGAGUAUGAGUUUGUGUCGAACUAUUCUCUAUUGUGGUUUCCACACGUGUUCGAUAUUGCUGCGCGAAACGCCGAAAAAUUUGAAGGGAAAGAAACCAAGUUCGCAGCAUUGGUUGACGAGACAGCUCAGGGAUCCUUAUGUGGAGAAAGCAAAACAGGAAAAUUAUCGAUGCAGAAGCGCAUUCAAGUUAUUGGAAAUAAACGAAAGAUUCGGUAUAUUGAGACCAGGAAUGACUGUGGUAGAUUGCGGAGCUGCUCCUGGUAGUUGGACGCAAGUAGCGGUGAAGAAAACAAAUGCGGAUGGUAAAGAUUCGGAGGAGAGAAAAAGAGGUAGGGUAAUUGCGAUAGACAGGCUGCCCAUUUGUAGCAUAGAAGGAGCAACGGUCAUCGGAAACACAGAUUUUACGGAGGAAAAGGCUCAGGAACGACUGUUGGGAGCGUUGGAGGGUAAACUCGCAGAUAUAGUUAUGUCGGACAUGGCGCCAAAUGCUACAGGAGUCCGAGAAAUGGAUCAUGAAAAUAUAAUGAAGCUCGCAUAUGCCGCCUUGAAAUUUGCCCUUGGAAUAACGCGCACGGAAGGUAAUUUUAUUGCCAAAGUAUGGGACGGCGAUCUUGCCAACCAAUUGGAAAAAGAUCUCUCGUGUUUUUACAAAAGCGUUAAAGUCGUCAGACCCGGAGCUACCAGAAGCGAGUCGGCAGAAAAAUUUAUGCUCGCUCGUGGAUUCAGAGGCUUGAAAAUAAUGAGCUAAUAUAACGCUGAUUAUUGAUUUAUCGAUAUCACUGUAGCAGGAGAAAAAAAUAUUGAAUGGGAUAAUAAAAGAGGAGACAAGUAUUUGGUAUCGCGA